GGGUACUUGCUGGUACCACAUGCGAAACAAAGACAGGAGACCAAGCAACCGACAAAGCCUUGCCCGAGAGAACAGACUCGGUUCGUUUGCGCAGAGCACAGAAGAACAAAGAGCCAGAGAGCGAGUGUUCGGAACGUGACGAUGGCGCCCAAAACCAUUGCUAUCCACCGGCACAAGGUGGACCCGGUGUCUCCCAUUCCGGUUCGGAGAGACGACUUUCCGAAAAGCCAGCAGCACCAGCAGCUGCCUCCGUCCCGACACCAGCGGUCGAGAUCCCAGCCACUCACGCUGUCCAAACCCAUGCUGAUCACCUCGGCCGGAAGAUCAGCAAGUGCGCAGGGAAGGGAGCUGGACGACCUCCGGAUCAGAUACGAAGAAACGAAGCAGAGGAUGGAAAAGAUGAAACGCGAUAAGAGCGAAAACAACAAGAGGCUCAUCGAAAUGAGCGGACUGGUCAAGAGUCUCCAAGACAUUCCCGUGGGCAUCGACAAAGCGGAAGGCAGCACCUUUGUGAACGUUCAGCGAAAGAUAGAGGCCAUUGGUUUCGAGAUGAAGGAAGCAAAGAAGCGGUACGAUGAGUUGAGAAACGAAGAAAGUUUCCAGACCGACACCAUCAAGGAGCAGGAAUCGCAAAUCCGAUCCAUGGAGAAGCAGAUCCAGCUCUUGACCGAACGCAUACAACAGGAGGAGCAGGACCAGCAGGAACAGAAGAAAAUGGCCGAAGAGAAACAAAAGGCCAGCACGGCAGAACUCGAACAAAAGAUCAUGCUGCAGGACAUGGAAAUCAUGAACCUAAUGGGAGAAAUCGACAUGAUCAAGAAACACAACAGGACCCACGGUCAGGACAGGCAAAACACGAUCGGGCAGGACAUCAAGCUGCUCGAGGCGAACAACGCCGCCAAGUACGAAGAGAUCAAGAAAAUGGAGGACAAACUGGCAAAGAUGCGCGAGGAACAGAGAGCACAAAAGAUGGAGCAAGAGACUUUCCUCAAGAAACAAUCCGAAGAAUCCAACGGGUUUGUGCUCAAGCCCACGGCGACAACCUUUGCCGAGAUCAGCAAACUGGAAGACAACCUAGCAACUUUGCGGUUGGAACAGGAAAAAAGCAGCAACGUCGCAGAUGCACCGAAAAAAGAAGAGGCCACCGAAAAGAAACCCGCUUCUAGCAGAAUACAAAAACACCAACCCUGGAGCAUGGACCUGGCCUGGAAAGACAGCAUGCUCGAGGGAAACAAGAAGAAGGAAGCCGAGCUCGAGGUGGUUGCCAACAACGAUAUCACCUACGGUGAACCUGUAUCUCCCGAAAGUGACCAGCGAGAUCAAGAAUUGUUGGGUCUGCCGUCUUUUGGACAGAAACAGCAAGUAGAGGUAAAAUCGGCUACAAAGAAAACCGAAAACAGUGCCUUUGUCGGCAUUAGCAGUCUCUCCGUGGCAUCUUGUGGUUCCAGUUCCGAAGAAAGCGAGAGCGAAUCGGAGGGAUCCGUCAUAUUUUUGAACAAGCAGCGCCACAAGAACCCCUUCGAAGUUUCCAAGGACAACAACACCUACGAUGUGAAAAAGGACAACGACCAUUCGGAUACCUCUGCCACUGUUGGAUCGUCGUGUGGAAUGUCGCGGGAUGGUGAUUCCGCUUCGGUCGAAUCGUCUAGUUUGAGCAAACCGACGAUGCCGAAAAGAAGUGUUGAACUCAUGCCAACGGACGAUGGAAGCAUCGAAGCCAUCGAAGUGGGACACCUGAGGAAGACCGAAAGCACCGAAUCGUGUGACGGAGCAUAUUCUGACAACGAAUCGUCCGUAGAAUACUCAAGCGGCGAGUCUACCACUGGGAAUGAUACCAAUGGAGAUUCCUCGAACGAUAGCUCGGUCGGAGAGUAUACUAGUGGAGAGUCAACGAGAACGGAGACUCGAAGCGUUCUUGCACAAAUACCCGAAGAAGGAGAAUUGGAGGAAUCCGAAUCUGAGUGGGACCGUGAGCAUACCUCCGUUUUAUCGAAGGGACCAAGCACGCCGAAAACGAACGAUGAACCGAAAUCCAAAGACGACAACGUUUCUGACUUGCUUCUCACCAAACAACUCAAAGAUGCGGAGGAUAAGUACGAAAACCUCAAGAAAGACUACGAGGAAAAGAUAUCGAUGUCGGAGUCGCAAGCGAAGAAACUCGACGAGUACAGCGAUAAGAUUUCGACGACGGAGUCAAUAGUGAAAAAACUCGAAGAGGAAAAUCAAAAGCUUCGAAAGGAGCAAAGCAAUGCUUCGAAGAAAACGUGGAAAGAUUCCGCAGAUAAAAAACGCUUGAAACGCAUCAAAGAGGAAAACAAAAUGCUUUUGAAAAACAUGGAAAAACAGAACGACAUCAUGAUGAAAGCCGACCAGAACUUCGACGACCUUCGAAAGGAGCACCUGGCUACUUUAGAAGAGCUCGAGGCGAAAAAGAAGCGAUACGAUCAGCUCGUGCUAGAUUUUACAAAGCUUGCUGAUCGCAACAAGGAUGCAAAGGAUUAUUCUAGGUUGCAAACCUUGCACAACGCUGUUGUCAUGAAACUCGCUGACAUGGGAGAGGAGAACGAGAAUCUCGAGAAACAACGCGACGAGGCUAUGGAUCAAAUCGAGCGCAAAAACGCCCAGAUCCGGGGCUUCGAUGGGAUUAUUGCCGAAUACAACAAGGUGGAGUAUGAUCUGAAAGUUUUGCGAGAAACGCACGAGGAGACAGUAAAGGAGCUCCACGAUCUGACGGAAAAGAACAAAGAGAUGCAAUCAUCGUACGACAACGACUUUGCUAACGCUCAGCAGCUCGAGUCUCUAGAGCAAGAUAAGGCAAAUGCAAUUGCGGAGAUAGAAAAAUUGAUGAAGGCGAACAUGGAUCUUUCAGCUAUGGAGGUGCAGCAAAACGAAUCCGAGGUUCGAGUUACCAUGCUAGAAGAAGAACUGAAGAAAACCCAGGAAGAGCUGGGGGUUGCAAAGAAUAAGUCUAGUAAUAGACAAAGGCAAUUGAAGGACGUCAUUGCACAGUACAAAGCUUUGAAAGAAGAGCACAGUGGUACAUGUGAUAAACUAGCGCGUCUAGAAACCACUGUGAAUGGUCUCGGUAACGGCAGUGCCAUCCAGGAAAUGAAAAAGCUGGAAGAUGCAGUAGAGCAGGCAAAGAAAGAAGCUCAGAAUGCUGUCAAAGCUAAGGAAGCCCGCGAAGGUGACAUGCGGAUUGUGUUGCAACAUUAUGAAAAACUCCAAAUCAAAUUCGAAAAACUGAAGGCGAAGAGUGAAUCUACGAAGAGUGAAACAGCUGUGGAAGAAGAGGAAAAGAAAGACGAGCAAGAUGUUUUUUGGCCAGGCGAAGAGAGAGAUGCCAGAAAGGAGAAAAUCGAGGAGCUGGAAGAACUAUUAAAGGAAUCCAAUGAAUCGUUGAGCUGGAGGGACGAGGAGAUCGCGAAGAAAAUAGAAGAGUUGAAGGAAGCAAGAAAACAAAUCGAAGACCUCGAAAUUGAGAAGGAGCAACUACAAGCUGAUGUGUUGAAUAUGCAAUCUCAGUUGGCACAGCGUGAAGCCAAGGAUGCGGAAGAUCGAAAGAAAGACGAGAAGGAUAAUUUGCGAACAGUAGUCGCCGAGCACCACCGACUGCAAAAGACCUAUUCCAGCCUUCAGAGAAAGUUCGAAGAGGUCAAGUCCGAACUAGUGAAGGUGAAGAAUCAGGCGAAAAUUCACGAGCAGGAAGAAAAACAUGCACAAAAACGUGUUACCAACAUUCAAACUGAGUACGUAAAUCUCCAGGCAGACUACGACGUGGUGGUUGCCCAACUGGAACGGUUCAAGGUCGAAAUGGCCACUUCUGUCAUCGAUUUGAAAGAAAAGGGAACUAUAAUUCCUGACAUGACUUCGAAGGAAACCGAGAAGAAUAAUCCUGUCAUCGCUAGUCCUGAUAUCUCUCCAAAAGGAAGCGACGUGGCCAUUCCGCUCACAGCUUCAGAAGAAAACGAAACGACUAUUUCUGACACGGCUGGGAAAGAAAACAAAGAAGUAAUCUCUCUUAUUGAUUACAAAGAGAACGAAAAAGCCGUUCCCGAGCUUACUUUGGAAGAGAAAGAGAAGGGCAUUAUCGACGCCGCUUCGGAAGUCAACGACAUGACUAUUGUUCACGAAGAUUCGUUUGAUUACGAAUCGGUUUCUGAUGAUUCGAACGGAAUUGCAGAAUUCUGAAGGAAAGAGAGAGUAAACCGCAAUCCAUUCG